AUGCUGAUCCAGGUUUGCCUGUAUUUUUACUGUAAAUUUUUGUGGCGCUGCAUGAAGUUUGUGAUGAGGAAGCUCACAGGAAGGUGUGAGCUGCAAAGGAUUUGCUACAGCACCAAACCUGGAGCAUCUAGAACCAUGAAAAUAGAAACAUCACUGCGGGAUUCGAAAAGUAAGCUGUUGCAGACAUCAGUGAGUGUUCACCCCGAUGCCAUCGAAAAAACUAUUGACGACAUCAUGGAACUGAAACAAAUUAACCCUGACAUCAACCCACAGUUGGGAAUCUCUCUCCAGGCUUGCCUUCUGCAAAUCGUGGGUUACAGAAACCUCAUUGCAGAUGUGGAAAAACUGCGCAGAGAGCCCUACGAUUCCGACAACCCCCAGCACGAAGAGAUGCUUUUGAAGCUGUGGGAGUUCCUGAAGCCCAACACACCACUGGAGUCUCGGAUUUCUAAGCAGUGGUGUGAGAUUGGUUUCCAAGGUGAUGAUCCGAAAACAGAUUUUCGAGGAAUGGGUCUCCUGGGACUUUAUAAUUUACAAUAUUUCGCAGAACGGGAUGCCACAGUAGCUCAGCAGGUCCUCUCCGACUCUCUUCAUCCAAAAUGCAGGGAUAUCACUAAAGAAGAAAUAAGCAAAUUCAGCAAAGCAGAAUGGGAAAAGAAAAGGAUGGAUAAAGCAAUUGGGUACUCCUUUGCAAUUGUGGGCAUCAACAUCACCGAUCUGGCAUACAAUCUGCUCGUGAGUGGUGCUCUGAAAACUCACUUCUACAACAUCGCCCCUGAAGCACCAACGCUGUCUCACUUCCAACAAACGUUCUGUUAUUUGAUGCAUGAGUUUCACAAGUUUUGGAUUGAGGAGGACCCCAUGGACAUAAUGGAAUUUAAUCGAGUGCGGGAGAAAUUCCGCAAGAGGAUCAUAAAACAGCUGCAGAAUCCAGACAUGGCGCUGUGCCCACAUUUUGCUGCAUCUGAGGGUUUGAUCAACAUGUAG